AUGCCUUUGUUGCCUUCACACGUUUCAAGUUUUAGAUCCACGAGCAUCGCAGCAUGUUUAACAUCUAUUCAAAAACUUCUUCCACCUCUGAAUAAUUUACUGCGCAAAGGUGAAUGUGGGCGCAUUGGUGUGAUCGGAGGUUCAACUGUUUACACGGGAGCACCAUAUUUUUCUGCUAUUACUGCUCUGAAAGUGGUAGGUACUAGUGUAAAGGGGUGUGAUAUGGUUCAUGUUUUUUGUCCAGCUGAAGCAGCGAAUGUAAUUAAAGGAUAUAGCCCGGAGUUAAUGGUACAUCCAUCAUAUGACAGGGAUACAAUUAUGGCAUCUCUGCAUCGUGUUGAUGCAUUAAUACUUGGACCAGGACUUGGAAGAGAAGAGCAAACAUUAUCAGUCGUUGAAUUCGUGAUCGAAAUAGCUAGGGAAAAAAACUUACCAAUCAUUAUAGACGCGGAUGGUCUGUUUUUCCUUGCUAAAAAUAUAAAUGCCAUCAGAGGUUAUGAACAAGCGAUACUAACACCAAACCACUCAGAAUUUGUUCGUCUUUAUCAUUCAGCUUUCAAAACCAACCAGAUCGAAAAAGGAAAAAUUCAGUCUGGUGAAGCUGCGCGAGAAUUAGCUGGUUAUAUUGGCUUUCAUCAAGAAAAGUCAACUGGAGCUCCAAGGAGAUGUGGAGGACAAGGAGAUUUACUUAAUGGUGCUUUAGCAGUAUUCUCAUUCUGGGCUGUCAAAAAGAAGGAUUCAAAACCAAUGAUUUCUGCGGGUAUCGCCGCAAGUCAGCUUAUACGUAUGGCAGCCAAUAUAUCCUUCGACAAAAAUGGAAGAUCAUCCACAGCAAGUGAUAUGAUUGUUGAAAUACCACAGUUGAUAAGACUCUGUGAACUUUGA